AGGAGAUGUUGCAACGUGCGACGAGAGUACUUUGACAUGUCAAUGGCAAGGCACGAUUGUAUUCAGGCCGCUGGUGGUGUUCGGCAACCUGGUGCCAAUCGGUCAAUCAGGCGACGGGCACCUCACAGACAGAGCAUUCCCGCAACGCUUUGGGUCGGGAUUUUGAAUCGCCUUCGCAAGGAGACAGAUUCACUUUCGAUCAGCCUCUGCAACGCCCCACCGCCAUGACGAAAAGCGUAUUCAAUGUCUUUCAAUAUGGGCAUGUCGUGAUUCCCAUCAACACCCUCGUCACAAUGAUGGUGCUCGAACGGGGCCACAUCAACCUUGAUUUCAAGUCGCUGCUGCAGCUUGCCAUCUACUUCGACGCGCUGGGCUCGCUUUUGUUUCUCGCCAACCUGAACUACCUCAACAUCGAGCCCAACGGUUACGAGUGUCUGACCGUGGGCCUGGCAUGGGCCUGCGAUCUCUUGUGGGCGCUGAAGGAUGCCUCCAAAGCGGCCUACUGCGCGUGGACGCUGCUCAAGAACUGGAAGGGAGUACCUCGCUCCGUUAGGGGAGCGUUGGUCUGUCUGAGCGGGGCAGCUCUGCUUGUCCUCUACCAAGUCUACGUCAACUCGAUAUACCGUCUGGAGAGUAUGGUGCAGCUCUGGUUCCUGCAGCAGUGCUGGUCAAAAGUAGCGGCGCUGGUCAAAAGUUACAUCCUCCUGCACAUCAUCCGAGCUCCGCACUCGUCACGAUGCUCACACUCGAUGGGUCAUCGCCGGCUGUCGUGUGCAUCCCAUCCUCGCCGCUGCUUCCGCUUGAUCAUAGGCCCCUGUUCCCCAAUGUUCGUCAAUGCGUCCUACGCCACAAACCCUGGUCUCGAGCUCUCCGGGCCGGGAUACCCUCUCGGAGGGGUUUUCUACACAUCCAGCACAGCGUUCUACUGUUUGCUCACGGUUGGUUUCGCCAUCCGCUGGCGUCGACUCGGCCAUGAGCACGAGCACACUCUGACCUCCAGCAAAGCCUCCCGGCUCGAUCGGAUCCACCAGGAGGCACCGUCCUUCAGCCGACAUGAGGCCGCUUGGUGCACCGGCUCGACAAUGCUGACGGCUGCGACGUACUUGGUGCUCUGCGUUGGCGCCUUCCUGGGCACGCGGUUGAUCUAUGUUGCAGGCGUUACGAUUACUCUUGCUCAGGCCAUGCUGUUCCUCAGCACCGUCCACAAUACCAGACAAUACCGCUCCGCCAAGAACACAAUCUCUGCGGUCGCUCACGCAAGCCACACCAGGGAACAACUGAGCGGGCAACUGGGCAAACAACUGAGCGAGCAACUGGGCAAGCAUCCGAGCGAACACCUGAACGAGUCUGAGCUUGGGUUUGGAGAGCCUCAGCCUCUGGGCUUGUUUGUCUCUGAGCUGUGAGACAGGAUCCCGGCGUGGAAUCUCAGCAGCGGCAUACGGUCUUGAAUAGGACACCUUCACACGCAGAUGACUUGUGGAUCGGUUGAUGUUGAUCGAUCUGGCUGAACGGCUUUGAUCGGUACCCCAAACCAGCGAUUUUCCCUUUGCCCUGCAUCGCUCUCCCUCACACAGGGCACCCAGGGAAAUGACUUGGCCGGAUGUGUGAUAUG